AUGGCGCUGAUGCAGAAAUUAAUCAUUUUCGCCUUCGUCUGUAUCGCAGCGACCAGCGCCUAUCCAAAACUGUAUCACGACGAUGACGAAGACACUGGUAGUUUAGACAGAGCUGGACACGGAGGUGGUGGCCACGGACACGCUCAUUCCUUCCAUCACUUUUCCGGGCCGGUAGAAGGACACCACGAAGAAAUCACCUGGAAGGACAAACACGGCCACCAUUACCAUGAUUACAAAGCUCAUCCAAAGUACAAGUUCGCUUACGGCGUGGACGACAAACACACGAAAGACUAUCACGGACAGAAGGAGCAUAGAGACGGGAAAGAACUCGAGGGAGAGUACCAUAUUCACGAACCUGGUGGCAACGUGAGAACCGUCAAGUACCAUUCCGAUCCACACGGCGGUUUCUUCGCGGAGGUUCAUAAUUCCGGUGGAAAUGAUCACUCUGGCGGCACUUACGGCGGACAUAAGCACAGAUAA